AUGAGGAACCUUUUAUUAUUUGCUGCAGCAGUGUGCUGUUUUCAUUUAGCUGUAGGGCAGACACAAUCUAAGUUACCUAACAUCAAAUGGCAAGCCAACCUAGGCGGCGCUGGAAUCGGGCUCCCAAUCUCCUUCAACAUUCCGGUCAUAACGCCGCGAAGUAAAGUGAAGCUAGCAAAUUAUAUGGUGAACACGUCAAGUGAAAAACAAAGUGCUAAUGUUCAACAGCAAAACAGCACUGACUUCAAAAAGACAUCUUCUUCUUUAAUUAAAACCCCUCAUAAAAAAGAUGGUGCCGUAAGAGUGGAUGCCAAACCAGCAGAAACUAGAAGGACAAUGGAUACGAAUUUGAAUGUUUCUAACGAUCGUCCGAGAAUGUCAACCUCAGUGGACGGUAGGUCACUCAUUUAUCCACAGUACCAGGAAAUAUCGCAUGUGAUGCCUCCGCCCAUUUACUCUUCAAAUUCUCAGGAGAGAUUUGCAGGAAAAUCCACAGAAAUUCCUAUGCAUUUGCUUCGGUCUGGCAAAAACAUUGUAACAAAAACAAUAACAAAAAGACAAAAAGAAAAUGGCGUCACAGAGAUCCACAUAACAACCGUAACUAGAAAGCUGGUGGGUAACGUUCCUAGUCCGGAUUCUUCAAAUAGAACUGUAGUACUCCGCACUGUUAAGAAAGGUGUUUCACCGCUGUCUAGUUCAGAUUUAAGUCCUCGUCCAUCUGUUGAUCUAUCCUUUCCUUUAGAGGAAAGCUCUUCCAGCAAAUCGAAUUCUAGUAGUUUCAACGAUAAAAGGGAAACAAACAUUGCUGUAUCCAGUCAAAUCCGUAAUUUGCUACCACAGUCUAUUUCGAUUAGGACAAAUUACAGAGAAGUAGAUACUUCAAAUCCUACAAGUAUUUCUAAAUUAAGUACAUCCAGUAGAAAGGUUUCCAACGUAGAUGUAAAUUUGGCAAGUAGUGCUUUUCCAUCAAAAAUUACUAGCGUCCAAGAUUCUUCUUCAGAUAUGAGAUCUACAAUAUCUUCAAAAGAUCAAAUGUCAUCAGUGAAUGGACAGAGCAUUCUACCUGAUCCUGGUCUUUCCAAAGAUGUAAUCUUGAAGAAGAAAGAAAGUGUGACACCAUCACCACGUGUUACACUUCCAGCAAGUUUUCGUAGAAAGAUUGCGAUUAGAGGACAGGACGCUGGAGAUUCCAUGCAUAUUCCCAUUGUUAACUCUAAAGAUAAAUCUCCAAUACACAAUCAACCUGACAGUAAUAGAUCCAGUGGGACAUCUAGUAAACAAGAUAUUAAAGCAACAGAAAGAACUCGUGUACCUAGCUUUAGAACUGUUAUUGGAAAUUCUAAAGACUCUUCUAUUAACGAUACCCGCGCGGAUGAAAGCAAAGCGAGGGUGACUGCAGAAGUAAAUAAAAGUCUUGUCGAAAAUAUGCCAUUAAUUGUUACCAAAACGGUAAAAAAUAGCGAAACGAAACAAAUGGGUAUUGUUAAAAAUCUCUCUCAUAAAAAUACGCAGAUCGAGGAUAAAUCAAUAGAGAAACAGCAAACCAAAGUGUCAACAAACGUAAGAGAAGCAUUUACGACUACGAAGACCCAGUCGGCAGAUCCCAGUCCUCCAACAGAGAAAUUCAGUGACGCCAGGACUAGGUCGCGCAAACCAAUUACAAAAACAAGAACAGAAAUUCCUGUUUUAAAGGAAACAGAAACAGGGAAAGAAACAAUAAAAGUUCUAAAAAGUCCAUCUCGUGAGAUCAUUAAUAGAAGCCAACGCAAUAGACUUGACUUUUCAUUGACCAAUGCAGGUGGCAACAGAAGAUCAGAGAGCAGGCGACGAAAACCUUCAAGACCCAGAAAGACAAUGAAAUCAGAAGAACAGAAAAUUAAAGUUGUCAAAGAGAAAAAGAUGCCACCACCGCCAUUGGAAGUCCCUGAUAUUCCAGCGGAUGUAGACCAGCAAAUUCCAAAUGCAUCUAAAGUUCUCCUUAACAAACUUGUAAAGACAGCUGUGGAAAGCGAAUACAGUACCCCAGGUAAACAGCGUGAAAUCCAGGCAAAACAAUUACAAAUCUACAAUGAACUUCUGGCUUCCUUAAAGAAAGCUGUUUCUGGAAAUUCUGGAAAAGAGAAUUUGCCAAUCAGCCAAACAAAAGAGAAGCAUAAAUCAGUUAAAGAACGGAAAAUCAGUCAUACAAAAGACGUAGUCCCCACACCUGGUAUCAUUGAAAAAGUAUCAGUUGAAACAGCUUUCAAAAAAUCUUCACAAUUAAAAACAACAGGAAGGGAAGAAAAAGUAGGAGCUGGAAAUGAUCAAAUCAUUAACAUCGCUAUCGACAUGCCAGUUAAAACGACUAAGGGACCAAUUCAGGACGUUUUUCUAGCUUCACGACUUAAAGCUGAGCAAUCUCUGAAAAAACUUGUCAAACAAAAACAAGAUAUAGUAGCACCGACCAAAGCCAUUUCAUCAGAGGAGAGCAUAAACAAACGACCAAGCACAUCAGAUGUCCUGUCUUCAUCUAUUCGAAGAAAUCAAGCUGUUAAAGUAUCAACACAAAAAGGGAGAAAAGACUUAAUUCCAACCAUUAACUUGUUGACAGAUAUCAAACCUCCUGGGGUAUCGCCGGAGGAGGUCCUCACUGCUCAUAUUACUCCGGAAAAGAGCAUUCCCAAAUCUAGAACCAUAGAUUUUGUUUCACACAAGUCUAAACAAUCAGAUUCCACCAUGAAUGAACCAUAUGUAGAUUUUGCUCAUCACAAAAAUGAUUGGCUACCAAUAUCUGUCAACGAAGGUCCAGUAAGAGCAGACCAUCCGCGAUGGAUGGAGCAUGGUCAUGAAGUCGGUCAUGGAGUAAUGUCCCACGUCUCUGAUCUUCACGCACCCAAACAUGUCCAAAGCUUUGUUGGUAUUACUCCUCAAGGUAGCACACAAGUACAGAGCCAUCAGUCAAUUUCAACUACCAAUCAAAAACAAUCAAAUGAUCAAUGGGUAGUAGUACCGUCCACGGCACGCCCCUCUUCUUGGGAGGAUACGUCCCUUUCAUCUGGAACUGGAGGCCGCUGGGCUGUUGUUCCAACUAAAUCAAACUCUAAAGAUACACUAGCACUUGUGCAACAUUCAUUGGCUCCUUUGACUGGUACAGCUAGAUUACAUGCUGAAAUGAUUCACAAACAGAAAAAGGCAUCGCCAUCCAGAUCGUCCUCAUCGUCACGUCUUUCACUUUCUUCCUCAAGAACUCGUGAUGCGACCUUGACAGGAUUAGGUCAGGGACAGGGGUUAUCUGACUCAUACGCUUCCACCAAACAAACUUCUCAAUCGAGUGGAAGUGGUAUGCCGGACAAUGCUAUGAGAGCUUUUCUAGCUGUUCUGUCCCCACAACAAAAACUACAAUUGCAAGGUUUACUCGGAGGUGGUGGAGCCAAUGCGUUUCAGGCACCACCAAGGAGGCGCCCUACAACAACCACCACCACCACAACUACUACCACAACACCACCACCGACCGUCCAAUCACAGCCCGACUUCACUGCGCUUGCCCAGAAAAUGAUGCAAAGUCUGAACUCUAAGAAUUCCCCUACACAAGAUCAGCUACAACAAAUGAUGGCCUCUUUAGGUUCCGGUUUACAGGGUGAAGGGAUGGGUUCGGGUGGAAACCCCCUCAGUCAAUUAAUGGCAUCCAUGGGCGGUGGAAAUGGUGGGGGACAAGGAGAGUCCAGCAGUAGCGGAAAUAGUGGGAGACCAAGUCGAUUCAACGAUCCAAUGAGUAUGGGAAUGGCCGGAAUGAAUCCAAUGAUGCGAAGAAUGAUGAUGAGAAAUAUUCGCAUGGGCAAUACUGCCACUGACCCCGGUGAGGUUCCUGAACAACCCAAUCCUGGAGAGACAGGAAUGGGAAUGAACCCACUUAUGCUAAUGGCUUUGGGAGGUGCCGGAGGAGGAUCCAGCGGGGGCGGUGGACUGGCCAGCCUUCUCUCUGGAGGACUCGGGGGUGGAAGCGGCGGUGGACUUGCGUCCCUCCUCGGUGGUGGUGGAGGCGGUGAUAUGAUGUCAGCCCUGGGAGGGGGCGGGGGAAUGGACAUGGCAGCCAUGGCGCAAGCAAUGAGCAUGCUCGGCGGAGGAGGAGGCGGCAAUGCUGGACCUGACGCAGGGUCAGCGAGUGAAGCAUCAUCUCCAAAAGCAUCUUCAUCUUCGUCUAGAAAAUCAAACAAAGGAGUACAAUAUACAACACUUGAAUCAACAGCGUCCAAAUCGUCAUCUUCUAAGUCCAGUAGUACCGGAACCGGAAAUGCAGAGCCAACUCAAGCACAGGAAUCAGGUGGUAUGGAUUCCAUGAUGGGUGGACUAAUGGGAGGAAUGAACCCCUUGGCAGCCAUGAUGGCCGGAGGAGGCGGGGGAGGAAUGGGAAAUUUGGGAGGUAUGGGAGGUGGAAUGGGAGGACUAGGAGCCCUGGCAGCACUGGGCGGAGAUUUACCUGAUAUGCCGUCAAGGGGAGGAAUGAUGGGCGGUCGAGGUGGUAUGGGUGCUAUGGGAAUGAAUCCAAUGGCUGCCUUAAUGGGAGGAAUGGUUAAAAGAUCCACACUAAACACUAAAACAAGCGACGCUGGCCGAUCCCGGAGACGAAACACAGACUUCACAGUAGGAGGAAGAAAGGAUCCAGUGCCUGUAGAUCUGUUUUCUGCUUCGUUCACACCCGUAAAGAGCCAUAUUACCGGAAGUUCUGUAGCCAUCGGACGAGGUGGAGCAGUCACAGAUACAGCUUCUCAAAAAGCAAUACCUCCACCAGAUCCGUUCAGAAACUCAAGGAUACCCACCAAAUCUACACCAUUUGAAAAAAUCCACUAUCAAGAACCGCCUAACUCAAAAAGAAUGAGGAAUACGCCACUAGAGGUCACAUUCCACCAGAAAACUGCACAGUCUGCUACAAACACCUUAGAAAAAGUUGUUCCUCAAAUGCCCGUCAAUAACAAGGCUGCAGCGACGUCACCUUGGAAUAACCCAGCCACAGUCCAAAAUACCUUGAACGCUUGGCCUGGAGGCAAUAAUAUGGCUGUUACAACAACAGUAGCGCCACCUACAAUUACUACUGCUCCACCUGUCAUCACGACAGCAGACGCCUUCUUCGGACUGACACCUAACAACGCUGCCGAUCAGAUGUCUCACAUGGGAUUCCUAAUGAACCCAAUGCCGACUCAGACACAGGCAUUCGGUGCCAGCAACAUGUUCGGCAUGGGCGGACUUUCUGAGAUGGGACUAGGUACAGAUCCACUUCCUACGACUGGAUUUAACGAUCACAGGUCUAUGAUGGGCGGAACAGGAAGUAUGGGAGGUCAAAUGUCAAUGAUGGGAGGAACAGGAGGCAUGGGUGGCACAGUUCCGGGAUCCCCUGCCGGUGGAGCCAAUUCCUUCAACCAAAUGUUAUCAAACGGUGCUAACACUGAUCUGCUUUUUGCCAGCAUUGGUCUAAUUCCAGAUCAAAUAGCCGAUAUUAUGGGAGGAACCUCACGCAUGGCAUCCUCGAUGCCCAUGGACAUUAAGAUGAGGGCUAUCCAAAUGAGACAAGCUGGAAUGACACCGGAUCAAAUUGCCGACAAUCUCGGAGACGUAAUGCAAGCAAGAAGAGCACAGAUGAAAAUGGCUUCUAGAAUGUCAUUAAUGGGGUCCAUGGGUUCUUUAGGAGCAUCAAACAGAGCAUUGCCAGGUAUGAAUCGACAAAAACUCUACCUUGAUACACCCAAAAAUUAUAUUUAA